AUGGCUUCACUUGUGCCUCUACCACCGUUUGCGCGAGCCUCUGAAUCAUGGGACUCCUACCUCGCUCGGUUUGACUGCUACCUCCAAACCAAUGAGCUGACGGAAGUAUCACAGGAGCUUAAGCGGGGCCUAUUCCUCAGCCUCUGUGGGCCUGAGGUGUUCGAGACGGCCCGAGCAUUGGUUGCGCCUGCAGCAGUCCAGGCAACACCAUGGGACACGAUUAAAGAGAAGCUCCGCAACCACUAUGCGCCAAAGCCAUCCAAGAUUGCUGCCCGCCAUGCGUUCUACCACCGGAACCAGGCAGAGGGGGAGUCAAUUAACAACUACACCGCUGCCCUCCGACAGGCUGCAAUGCACUGCGAGUUCCAAAACUUAGAUGAUGCCCUGAUGGAUCGAAUCGUCUGCGGGGUCCGGGACAUCCAUCUGCAAAGGCGUCUCCUCGCCAAGCCAGAUCUCAUGCUGCAGAAAGCCAUUGAGGAGGCUGUGGCCUCGGAAGCUGCUGAACGCUCUGCCCAGGAGAUCUGCAAGGCCAGCAGCCUGCAUCUUGCUAGGAAGCCAGUUCCAGUGCAUCAUGAAGAGGCCAGCAGUGAUGAGGCAUCCUCCAGUGAAGACGAUGACGUGCACCAGACAAAGCGGGAGCGCAGAAAGUUCCAAAAGAAGUCCAAGGGCCAAUCGGAAUGUGCCGGCUGCGGAGGCAGCCAUUCCCGUGCCAAGUGUCGAUUCAGAGAUGCCAUCUGUCGGACGUGUUCCAGAAGGGGCCACAUCGCUAAGGUCUGCCGAUCAGCUCCGUCUGACAUCCCUCCUCCACCGACUUGCAAGUCCAAGUCUUCACUCCAGUCUGCCAAGGAAAGCUGUUUCGCUCUCACCAACUGCCACUGCCCGUCUGGAACCACGAUUGGCCAAACCGACUCGCCUAUGCGACGCAAGUUGAACGUCACUGUGCUCAUUGAAGGAGCUCCAUGUGACAUGGAGAUCGACACCGGGUCUGCCCUGUCCAUCGUGUCUUGGAGCACCAUCAAAAGACUGGUACCCAGAGUGUCCAAAAGGCAACUCGACUCUCACCACAUACAACUGAGAGACUACCAGGGAAACGACAUUCCUAUGGUAGGCGUUGGCCGGUUCCGGAUCACCUUCAAGGAUUUUUCGGGCCUGCUCCGACUGGUGGUGGUCGAAGGUCAGCAGCCAAGCCUCCUAGGGCUAGACUGGUUUGAUGCCCUCGGCCUGGAAGUCACUGGCAUCAACUGCAUCUCUAACGCAGAGACUGAGGGUCUGGUCAAAGACUUUGCCGAGGUUUUUGAUGGCACUUUGGGUCAAUAUACAGGUACGCCCAUCUCCUUUAGCCUUGAUCCACAAGUCGCCCCCAUCAAGCUAAAGCCACGCCGGGUUCCCUUUGCUCUCAAGGCUAAGGUGGACGAACAACUGGACAAGCUGAUCGCCCAAGGAGUUUUGGAGCCAGUUGACCACUCCAAGUGGGAAACCCCCAUCGUCACGCCUGUCAAGCCGGACGGUUCGGUGAGAAUCUGUGCCGACUACAAGUGCACGAUCAAUAAGGCACUUCAGCAGCAUGCUUAUCCGGUUCCUGUUGUCCAACACCUGCUGCAUUCCCUGGGUGAGGGUGAGGUCUUCGCUAAGCUGGACCUUGCCCAAGCCUAUCAACAACUGCCCGUCGAUGAUGCCACUGCUGAAGCCCAGACGAUCGUCACCCACCGAGGGGCAUUCCGCUGCCGCCGUUUGCAGUUCGGGGUGAGUGUGGCUCCUGGCAUCUUCCAAAGCCUUAUGGAGCGUCUCCUGCAAGGGCUUCCGGGUGUGGUACCAUAUUUUGAUGACGUCUUGGUGUCCGCAGACUCACACCAGCAGCUGUUCAAGCGCCUCCGCACCGUGCUGACCAGGUUCCAGGAGGCCGGGCUCAAGGUAAAGAGGGAGAAGUGCCAGAUCGCCGUUCCACAGGUGGAGUUCCUGGGCUAUCUGAUUGACGCCUCCGGCCUUCACCCGACCACAUCCAAGAUCCGCGCUAUCCAGCAGGACCCCAUCCCAAAGAACAAGAUGGAGUUGCAGGCAUUCCUAGGACUGCUGAACUUUUAUAACAUGUUCCUGCCCCACGAAGCUACGGUGGCUGAGCCUCUUCACCGACUCCUCAGCACGAAGACACCUUGGUCCUGGGGUCAUCGGGAGACGGCAGCCUUCAACGCAGUCAAGGCUCUCCUUUCAUCGGACAGUGUGCUGGUACAGCACAGUGAAGCCAGGCAGCUGGUCCUUGCCUGCGACGCCUCACCUUUUGGCAUCAGUGCUGUCCUUAGUCACCGUUUUCCAGAUGGAAGAGAAGCACCGCUCGCCUACUUUUCCAGGACGCUAUCUCCAACGGAACGGAAUUACAGCCAGCUCGAUAAGGAGGCACUGGCACUUGUGGCUGGAGUGAAGAGGUUCCAUGAAUACCUCUAUGGCAGGACUUUUGACCUCAUCGCCGACCACAAGCCGCUCCUGGGCCUCCUCGCCGGUGAUCGACCAACUCCACCGGUCCUCUCACCGCGCAUGCUGUGAUGGACUGUUUUCCAGGCUGCCUACCACUACCGGCUCGUCCAUCGCCUGCGGAAAUCGAUGGGCCAUGCCGACGCCCUCAGCCGUUGCCCUCUUCCAGCAUUUGUGGAAGACCCGGCUCCUGCUUCAUCACUCCUCCUGAUUGAGGAUCUUCCGGCAGCACCUGUAUUGGCUACCAUUGUGGCCUCUGCAUCUGCCCAGGAUCACACCAUCAGCCUUGUGCUCAACUGGGUGUGGAGGGGGUGGCCACAAGGGCCUUUUGCAUUGGAGUUCCAGCCGUUCGCAACCAGACAACAUGAACUCUCAGCUCAUCGUGGCUGUCUGCUGUGGGGAGACCGCGUCGUGAUUCCCCAAAGACUUCGUCAGUGCGUCCUUGAGGCUCUGCACGUUGGCGACCCAGGAAUCGUCAAAAUGAAGGCGUUGGCUCGUUGUUACAUCUGGUGGCCUAACAUGGACGAUGCCAUCACUGCCUGGGUUUCCGCCUGUCAAGCGUGCCAAGACCUUUAAGAACACGGCCGGACCUUUAGGCAGUGGUGGACGCCUAUUCCAAAUGGCUGGAGGUGGCCCUGAUGCCCUCCACCACUAUGGAGGCUGUCAUCCGGGUGCUGCGAGGCCUCUUUGCGAUGCAUGGGUGUCUUGAUGUCCUUGACGGACCGCAGUUCACGUCAGGCACUUUUGAGCAGUACCUUUUGGGACUGGGCAUCCGCCAUGCCCUAACGGCACCAUUUCAUCCAUCCAGCAACGGGCAAGUGGAGAGAAUGGUGCGCUCAGCAAAAGAGGCACUGGGGCACCUGGACCAGGGAGACUGGCACGAGUGGGUCACCGAAUACUUGUUCGUGCAACACAUCACCCCUCAUGCGGCCACAGGGCGGAGUCUUGCCGAACUGCUUAUGGGUCGCCGCCUCAGGUGCCCGCUCGAUCGGCUGCACCCGGACUUUGCCGUUGCUGAACCCCCAGGCUGUGCCAACACGCCACGGUCAUUUGUUCCAGGAAACCAGGUCUUUGCCCGGAACUUUGUGGGGGACAUUCCUUGGGUGUCAGCCACAGUAGUGGGAGUCACUGGACCUCGCUUGUCCCAGGUGGCACUCGAAGACGGACGCUUGUGGCGCCAGCACAUAGACCAGCUUAGGCGCAGGUUUGGGGACUUGGACACUACCGUCGUGCCCCCAACUGCGCUCGUGGCUCCGGAACAGACACUUACAGAUGGUGAGGCUCCAACCUACACCUCUCUUGCAAACUGUGGGCAUGGAUCCGAACCAAGCCACUUCAGAGGGUCUGCCGGACUUCCCACAGACUCAGACCACUGCCGUGCCUGACAUUCCGCCAACUCCACUUGCGGAGGUUCCACCCACAGCAGCGGAUCCAGGGGACUUGGUUUCAAUGCCACCUAGGGUCGCGCCACAGCCUCAGCAAGAAUUGGGUGGCCCCGCGGACUUGGGUACCGGUCCCCGGCGGUCUGGCAGAGUUUCCAAGCGCCCAACUUAUUUAA